UCACCCAAGAAAAUUAAGCACCGGCGCGUACAUGGCCUUCAGCAGCGAGCACGGGCUCCCCCCGGGCGCCAGGCCUGGCGAUGCCAAUCACUACGAGAUGACGGGGCAGACUUCGUUCGAAUUUUUCUCGAGUCGUCAGCAUCCGCUUGCGCUUUAUUGGGACAAGCCUGAAGCCCUGGAAAGGAGGUCUAUUAGCGCGGAGGAGGGAAUGGUCGCCAUUGCCCUCCAAAACCUCGGCAAGGAGCAAAUGCUGAGCAAACCUAUCGAUGCUGACUAUAGCGGGGGCGGGCGCUGCGACUCGGGCGCUUGGCCGAUGGCGCAUCUCAUCAGUACGGGCGGCGAAGGUGUUCCAAAUUUGCAACACCUCGGCGGGCGUCGAGAACCUGAAACCUUCACUGCUGCCGAUCGCAAGGACGCGCAUCUUCUGCUGAGGAGUACGAGCUGGGGCAGCAGCGGCAUCGGCGGCCCCAGGGUAGAGCAGCAGGACAUCAAAGAGAUGCAGGAUCUAGAGUCCUCUAUGCCUACCAAGCCUCCGUUCGGCUUUCGCGAUAGCGACGGCAGGAGCAGCGGCAGGACCAACAGCAGGAAGGCCAGAUUAUUAGCCGCUUCUCGGAAUGAUGUCUCAAGCCAGCCAAACUGGCGCACGGGAGACUCGAGCUCGUUGAGUCGCUUGCUGGACAACUUGAGCUACAAGAGCAGCAGCGGCAGUGGAAGCAGCGGCGGCGGAGGGCCGGGGGUGGCCCAGGGUACAACGCACGCCGGUGGAAGCAGCAGCAACGGCACCAGCGGCGGCGGCGGCGGCGGCCGCAGCGCCUCCUGGGAACGUCAUCCGCGCUUUGGCGCCGGCGGAGCGGCUAUGACACACGACGGCAUCACCAUCGACAUGAACAGCAGCAGCAGCAGCGGCAGCAGCAGCAGCAGCAGCCGUAUUCCACAUAAGCCCCUUCGACAGCAGUCGUUCGACCCCCAUUGCAAGAUCCGCGACUCUUUCCUGGCAGACGUUUGCCUCAUGCCCGACGCCAAACCUCAAAUACCACCACCACCAGCACCCGGCGGCUUGGUGAAGGACUGGGAAGCGGCCGCGGUUACGGCAACUACAACAGGCACAACGGAACGGAGUGGAACCAGCAGCGGUGGUGUACCAUACGGUGUCCAACACAACCGCUACGCCCAUCACCCGGGCGUUAGUCUGGUGCCCUCCUGCAAUGGUGACCAAGGCUACCCCCCAACAGAUACAAGACACCAAGUAGCUCCGCCUCCCACCCCACGAGUCUACCAUGAGAGGAAGUCUAGCUUCAGUCUUCUCGCGAGCAUGAUCCCUGACAUGUCCAAGGUUAGCGGCCGGCCGAGCUUGCCAAUGGCGGCGGCGUGGCCGGGAGCAGCGGGUGGUGGUGGUAUCGUAGGCAGAUUCAGUUCGCCGGGAGCUUCGUCAUCGAUGAUGAUCCUGGAGGACCAAUCUGAAGGCGAGACAACGUGGACGCGAGAGGCUGCCCUCGCCCGCUACCACCGCAAGAGAAAGCGCCGGCCGUUCGUCAAGGCGAUGCGCGAGAACGACCCCAACCGCAAGGAGCAAAACAAGGCCAGAGAAAGGCCAAGAGAGGGUGGCAAGUUCCAGAAAAAGGGUAAAGACUUCGUUUCCGUGAAAGAGCUGCAAAGGGCAGGAGACAACCGCUCCGUCAGCGGAGAGUUACCGCCGCCCCCCGCGCGCGAGUCGACACCACCGCCCACGAACAUUAGGUCCCUCAAUGGUAGACCCUCCCAGGAGGGUGAUACAGUGGGCGCCCCCGGCGGCGGCAGCGGUGGCGGCAGCGGCGGCUCCCUGUACGUGCUCACUCCUGAUCAGGCGGCCAAGUUAGGCUUAAGGGGAGGGAUAGCAGGUAGUUGAGUUGUAGGCUGCGUACCGGAAAUGUUUGAGUUUGUCCGUUGUGCCCUUGCGAGUGGUUUCCUAGAGUCGGGGUAUGCAUCGAUCGAUCCAAACGGUGGGGGGGUCGGGAUCGAUGUAUAUGGCUCAAGGCUGCUGGCGAUCGGCGCAAGGCAGUAGUGGCGGUAGGCAUGCCUUGAUUUCGGUUACAUGGGUGUGCACACCAUACCGCUGUGCACACCGGUGAUAUGACACUUUUCGAGAGGACGGCUGGCCCGUGCAACAAGUAUCGUGCGGUACGGUUGUGCUCCAUGCCUUUACAUUGUGCGCUUACGGAAGUCGACAAAUGGAAAACAGUCAUCUUUUUCGGUUGAAUAUCGAAUUGCUUUCAGUAGAUCUGUGGUUUGUCCUGCAAACUUUAGAAAUUAUUUAUUUUCUGCGUGCGUUGUUGUAUAUACCACACUGGAGAGCAGUACCUGGCGUCUGUCGAAGCACGUACACGAGAAGGAUCAAUAGGCCGACUGCUGCUGCUGUGUGUUGCGUUAGUGCUACACAGCCACGCGAUGUGGGAAAAAAAAUGUGCGUGACGAAGUAUAAAGAGCCUACCUCCUGUUCAUGCGCGUGCGCCUUGCAUCACAUGACUGCUUACAGUGGUCAACGCGCGCCCGUGUGUUUCAUACGUGUAUCUUGGUCCCCCUUUUCCCGUUAUUUUUGGUGUCAUCGUGCGGUGUCGCGGAUUGCGUAGAUAUACUUGUCUCGAGCGUACAGGCAUGUUGCGUGCGAUUUGUAACUUUGAGACUUUGCAUGUAAGGGCGUAUCUGUAUAUGCAUGUUCUCGAUCAAGAUGUGAUGACACACACACGGGUUAGAAAUCGGAAAUGUUUGCUGCAUACUUCGUUUUUGUUCCUUGGUGUUGUCAACGGGUGGUAAGUUGACAGGCGAUUGCAGGCGACUUUUUCUGCGCCGGGGUGCGACUCAUCUUAGUACCGUAGGUCUAUUUGAUUGUCGGUUGGUUUCCAGUCACAGGCGUGAGUGGACGAACGCCAAUGGAAGUCAUUUUGAAUGUUAUGAAAAUACCUGGGCAGGCUGUUGCAGCCGGCCUGUCUUUGUAGUUGGUCACCAUGUGAAUGCUUAUUUUGUUUGACACUAUAGUUCAAAACAAGGCACUGAUUUUGUUCAUGGCCGAGAAGUGUUUUGGUUGUGUGAAAGGCGCCAAUCCCCAACAGCGUCCCAGCAGUCUCAUGGCAGAGCCACGUUCGGGAGAGGACGAAUUGGGAACUCUCCGAUGUCUGCGGUAACUAUGUAGCACUCUUUUUUAAACCUGCCCUCCCCUUCGGUUCUUGGGCCAUUGACUGUCGUUGUUCCGGGCCCACGUCAGCGUUGGCGAUGCACCGCUGAGGUGACCUGACGUUGUUUCUCCUACACAACAAACCAGGCGGCGAGGUACCAGAAGCCACCCAUUGUCGAAAAUACGAUAUAUCAUACCAUAGGCCGCAUGCGUC